CCUCUCCCUCCUCACCCCUCCUUCUCCUCACCCCUCUCCCUCCUCACUCCUCACUCCUCUCCAUCCACACCCCACUCCCUCCCUCUCCCUCCUCACCCCUCACCCUCACUCCUCUCCCUCUUCAGCUCUCUCCCUCACUCUAAUUUCCACCGUCGAGUCCUUUCCCAUUUAUCCAUUCUAUCCUCAUUCACCCCCGACCUCACUCCUCCAUCAUCAACUCCCCCUCCCACCAUCCCUCCCUUCUUCCCCUGAUAAAGCUGCAGCCAUGACGUCGGCCACUCCCCCCUCCUCGCGCGGCUCCUCCCCCCAGAAGGAGUGUCACUCCAUGACACAGACGGAGGUUCUGAAGCCGCUGUUGGGGGCAGGGGGGGCGGAAGGGGGGGGCAGCGACGGCAGGGGGGGCAGCAACGGCAGGGGGGCAGCGACGGCGGUCUGCGCACUCCGACGGAGACGGCGCGUUCUCUCCAAGGACGGGCACAGCAACGUGCACAUCGAGCAUGUGAGCGGGCGUGGGGCGAUGUACCUGCGUGACAUCUGGACGACCUUCCUGGACAUGCAGUGGCGCUACAAGCUCUUCCUGUUCUCGGCCACCUUCGCUGGGACCUGGUUCCUGUUCGGGGUUCUGUGGUACCUGGUGGCGCUGGUGCAUGGAGACCUGCUAGAGUUUGACCCUCCGUCAAACCACACCCCAUGUGUGAUGCAGGUGCAGACUCUGACGGGGGCGUUCCUCUUCUCACUGGAGUCACAGACCACAAUUGGCUACGGCUUCCGUUGCAUCACAGAGGAAUGUCCCGCCGCCAUCAUCCUCCUCAUCCUCCAGCUCGUCAUCACCAUGGUGCUUGAGAUCUUCAUCACUGGAACCUUCCUCGCCAAGGUGGCGCGGCCCAAGAAGAGAGGAGAGACAGUGAAGUUCAGUCAGUACGCUGUGGUGUCCAAUCACGAGGGCCGACCCUGCCUCAUGAUCCGUGUGGCUAACAUGCGCAAGAGCCUGCUGCUGGGCUGCUCGGUGACGGGGAAGUUGCUCCAGACGUCCCAGACCAAGGAGGGGGAGACGAUGCGUCUAGACCAGAGGAACGUUCCCUUCCAGGUGGACACGUCCAGCGACAGCCCCUUCCUCAUCCUCCCCCUCACCUUCUACCACAUCAUAGACGACAGCAGCCCGCUCAGAGCCUGGGCUGCCAAGGGAGGGGGAUGGACGGAUCCGGAUCUGGCAGACUUUGAGCUGCUGGUGAUCAUGAGUGCCACGGUAGAGCCCACAUCCGCCACCUGCCAGGUGCGCACCUCCUACCUGCCUGAUGAGAUCCUGUGGGGGUAUGAGUUCCCCCCCGUGGUCUCCCUGUCCCCGUCUGGGAAGUAUGUGGCGGACUUCACCUUCUUCGACAAGGUGGACAAAACGAAAACCCCGCCCCUCUUCAAACAGGCCCCCCCCCCAAGCCCGGCCAUGCACUCGUCCCGCAGCAGCAGAGGGGGCGCAGAGGAAGGGGCGGACCCAGAGAAGAUUAAACUAGAGGAGAGCUAUCGAGGGGAGGAGAGGGGGAGGGGCAGGGGGAGGGGCAGGGGGAGGGGGAGAGACAGUAGCCCCCUCAGUGUCCGUAUCAGUAAUGUAUAGACAGAGAGGAUGGAGGGAGAGAGAGGGGGAGAGAGAGAGAGAGAGAGAGAGAGAGAGAGAGAGAGAGAGAGAGAGAGAGAGAGAGAGAGAGAGAGAGAGAGAGAGAGAGAGAGAGAGAGAGAGAGAGAGAGAGCAUGAAUGAGAUGGAAUGAGAGAGUUACGAGAAUCGAGAAAAGAGAGCAGACUGUAUGGAGAUUGAUAACUUAUCAAGUGAGAAUAAAAAGAUGAAGGAAUGAGAGAUGAGCUGCUCCUCUGUUGGGACAUGUGAACACACACACAGACACACACACUCCUUUUUUGGACUUUAUGCAUUUGUAUUGCCCCUUGUAAGGAUUCAACAGGUGAUGUCCUUCAAAGGAACAAAAUACAUCCCAUUUGUGUCUACUGUCCUGUAAUCAAAGAUGGACCAAGAAAGCUUUUUAAACUUAAUUUGUCUGUAUUUUUUAUAAGAAGACUUUGUGUGACUGGAAAGGUCAAGGUUGACUGGUUUACCAGGACAAAACAUGGUUCACGAGGACAUAAUCAAAGGAACCAUGCAGUGGAGGCUGCUGAGGGGAGGACGGCUCAUAAUAAUGUCUGGAACAGAGUAAAUGGAUUGGCAUCAAACACAUGGAAACCAUGGAAACCAUGUGUUUGAUACCAUUCCACAGAUUCCGCUCCAGCCAUUACCAAGAGUCUGUCCUCCCCAAUUAAGGUACCACCAUCCUCCUGUGGAAUCAUUGUACUGUUACUGUUUUUAACACAGAAAGGUACUCUGUCUGCAGGACAUGAGAGUGGAAAUACUGGAUAAUUUUUUUUUAAACAUUUUUUUUAAAGGAUUUUGAUUGAAUAUAUGAUAUCGUAUGUAUACUGUAUGUAUCUGUCCCUAACGAUGCGAUAUCCAGCAGUACUUAUUCAUCAGAGUAUAUGCUUAGCAGGGUUGGGGUCCAUUCCAUUUAAAUUCCGGAUAAUUCAGAAAGUAAACCAAAUUCCAAUUCCAAAAUUUCAUUGUCACUCAUUGAAAAGCCCUGAAGAGAAAUGAAAUUGGAAUUGUAAUUUCAGUGUACUUCCUGAGUUGACUAGAAUUUCAGUGUACUUCCUGAAUUGACUAGAAUUUCAGUGUACUUCCUGAGUUGACUAGAAUUUCAGUGUACUUCCUGAAUUGACUAGAAUUUCAGUGUACUUCCUGAGUUGACUAGAAUUUCAGUGUACUUCCUGAGUUGACUAGAAUUUCAGUGUACUUCCUGAAUUGACUAGAAUUUCAGUGUACUUCCUGAGUUGACUAGAAUUUCAGUGUACUUCCUGAGUUGACUAGAAUUUCAGUGUACUUCCUGAAUUGACUAGAAUUUCAGUGUACUUCCUGAGUUGACUAGAAUUUCAGUGUACUUCCUGAAUUGACUAGAAUUGAAAUGUAAUUCAUUCCAACCCUGAUCUUCAGUGUUUCUGUUAUUUUUUUAUAUGAUUUUUCACUGGAAAAUAUGUAUGUUAACAAUACUAAAAGCACUUUAACUUGAUGGUGUUUGUGUACACAAGCAUAUUUAUAUGUUUCAGUCAAUGUGCGUGCGAGACUGCAUGUAUGUGUGUUUUAACAUAUUCAUGUUCAUAUGCAUGUACUUGUUAUUCCUCCUGUACUUCAAUACCUGAUCACUCCUGUGGUCAUUCUAAAACGUGCCACUAAACUGUGCCUUUUGAUGUGCCAGUGUCUGUGCAGUCGAGCAUCAGAUUUCAAUAUCAUAUGGUGUGGUUAGCUGAUAUGUUAAACACCUAUCCACUCGUUGUGAGAUCUGGCAGGCGUCUGCAAUGAAGUCAGGCAAGAAUGCUACCAUUGCCUGUGAUUGGUUAUAAUGUGUUGACCAGGCCAGGUCCCAUCUGUAAUACUGCAACCUCAUCACCCUAACAGAUAAUAUACUAUGAAGUGUUGCCCAGGCCAGGUCCCAUCUGUAAUACUGCAACCUCAUCACCCUAACAGAUAAUAUACUAUGAAGUGUUACCCAGGCCAGGUCCCAUCUGUAAUACUGCAACCUCAUCACCCUAACAGAUAAUAUACUAUGAAGUGUUACCCAGGCCAGGUCCCAUCUGUAAUACUGCAACAGAUAAUAUACAAUGAAAUGUCUGUUUUUAAUAAAAGUGCAGAUUUACAACA